UCGCGUCGUUUGUGGCCAUGUUCGAAGACGAUGGCAUCAUAAAUCACAGGAAGCAUGCGGGAUCGCGCUGCCAAAUCCCUUGGCGCCGUGCUCGCGCUGCUGGCCGGGCUCAUAGCGUAUCUAUUGAUUCUCGAUCCGCACGGCGAAGACGCAAUGCAUCGUGCUGCCCCACUCCUCACCAGGCUUGCGCCAGUAUCGUUCUUCUCGCAGACUAAUACCAUCAGCUUCGCUUCUCGCGUACAAAAGGCUUCCUCUUCCGCUGCCGCCGUCCCAUCAUCACCUUCUUCUAUCCAGUACACUCCUCCACCUUCCUCUUCAAGACAAUACAGCAGCACCACCUCCACAGCAACCAUGGCCAGCAAGCUCACCUUCAGCGAGGCCGUCAAGCACCGCCGGACCAUCUACCAACUCACCAAGCAGUCCACCAUCUCCGACGACAGGAUCAAGGAGAUUGCCACACAAGCCAUUAAGGAUGUGCCGUCGAGCUUCAACUCGCAAUCUGCUCGUCUCGUCGUACUGGUCAAAGAGAAGCACGAUGAAUUCUGGGGCAUUGUCGAGAACAUCCUGAAGGCAGUUGUCCCAAGCGAACAAUGGGAGCACACCGCAAGCAGGCUCAAAGGUUUCCAGAAUGCCUACGGAACUAUCCUUUUCUACGAAGACCCCGAGCCCAUCAAGGCUCUGCAGUCCAAAUACGCCAUCUACGCCGACAAGUUCCCUCAAUGGUCCGAGCACACGACUGCUAUGCACCAGUACGAGCUGUGGACGGCCCUGGAAGCUGAAGGACUGGGCUGCAACCUGCAGCACUACAACCCAUUGCCCGAUCAAAAAGCCGCCGAGGCAUUUAAUAUUCCGCUGGAUUGGUCUCUGAAGGCCCAGUUGGUUUUUGGUACUCCUGCGGAAGGUGCGAGAGAAGGUCUGGCAGCAAGAAGCGAGGAGCCUAUUGAGAAGAGGCUGUUCUUCCACGGCUUUUAAGUGAUGGGAUGCAGAAACCACAGGAUAAACGACGAUUACCUAGACCAAUAGAGCUGUAUUGAUGACAUGCAUACACCAAAGGUGAACUCAGCAGCUUGUAAAGUUUAUCCUACUGAUGCUCUCCGGUAAUGCCCACAUCACUCUACCAACUGACACUGAGCUGCUGCGCAACACAGACCACUGCUCCCGAUGUCUUCGGGCUUUCUCUCUUCAUCUCCAAAGAGCCCAUGCACAUGCCGCGGAAUGAAAGCACUCCUGGGUAUCUUAUACUUGCAAAAUUCAAACAUGAAAAGCAGAAUCGCAGCGCAAGCCAAGGCGUCUAGUCUUCUGUGAGGUCGACUAUCUCGACGCCAGAGUCAGUCGACGUGCGAUGGCGCUUCCUCGCGGAGCCUUCGCCGGUGACGGAGAGCUCCUCAACAUCGCUGUCGCCGUCGAAGGCAUCAGAGCGUGCUCGCUUCUCUUGGGCUUCUUUUUUGAUCUUGAUCCGCUCUUGCUCGCGUUGUCGAUGUCGUCGAACGAGCUCUCGUGCUUCUUCUGGAGAAAGAUCAUCCGGAUCUCGUUCCUCCAGUGGGACAGGGGAAGGGCUGCGUGGAAUCACGCCUUCGAUUUGAAGAUCUCUGCGCGACCGGUAUUUGAAGAUGAAAACGGCGAUGGGGUCUUCGCCGUAAGGGCGAGUGGUUUCCCAGUACUUGACCGGUUCAUGGACGUGCUCUGCAGGCCCUAACGUAGCAUAAGUAGAUAUCGCACGGCCUUUCAAGCACUUCUCGGGGACACCCGAGUCGAUUGCGGAUUUGAACUUGGAGUUGUGCCCGUCCCGCGAUAACCCAGCAUGGCGGACCCACCAGCAUGCAAUCUUUACAUCGCCGAGUUGCUUGAGGUCUUCGGCUAUCUGAGUCCCGACAGGAGCAUCAGUGGUCCGAAGCUGCGCAAAUUGCAUUUUUUGGACAGUGGUACCCUGCUUAGUAGUUGUCUCGGGCCCAAUGAGUUUGACUGUCUGAUAGGCGUGCCGAUCGCCAGUACGAAUGAUCCUGCCUUGAACAUGCUUUCCGUCCAGGUAUACGUGGACAGCCAGACAAUCCCUGGGAUCGCGCGCCAUAGCCAGGCUCGUAGUGACUCUCACGGAGAAGGUCGAUCCUGCCACCGCUUCGAUGUAUUUCGACUUCUUCGUCUUGCUGGGGAACGUGUCUUCGUCGUCAUACUCAGCAAGCUGCUCCUCGUCUACCCAAACAUGGGCGUGGAGCUCUGGGAUGUCGUCGAGGAACAUGAUGGUUGGUGGCUGGGUUCGAGGGAGGAGAAUGCGAAGCGUCUGGCGGAUUCGGAGAUGAGACCGGUUGCGUGCUGCUCAAGCGGAAGAGGAAAGGAGUGUUGCCAGCGUGAAAGAAGCGCAAAU